UUUUUUUUUUUUCCUGACAAGAGUCUUGCUCUGUCGUCCAGGCUGGAGUGCAGUGGCGUGAUCUCAGUUCACUGCAACCUCUGCCUCCCGGGUUCACGCCAUUCUCCUGCCUCAGCCUCCUGAGUAGCUGGGACUACAGGCGCACACCACCACGCCCUGCUAAUUUUUGUAUUUUUAGUAGAGACGGGGUUUCACCAUGUUGGCCAGGAUGGUCUCCAUCUCUUGACCUCGUAAUCUGCCUUCCUCAGCCUUGCCCGCACUGGGCCUGGAUUUUAUUUUUCUAAGUUGGGUUUGGUGGAUGGCUGUGGUGAUUUGAGAUGGGCCAAAGUCUGCAUCUUGGAGGAUGUUAGAGUUUUGCCAAUUUAGUCUGGAUCAGGUGGCGGCAAUAUGACAUCAUUAGUUUCUCAUUCUUCUUCUGGGAACAUUGUACUAGGUAGGCGAUAUUCUCAUGGUAAAUGGAAAGAGGAAGAAUCCCAAGUAUGGAAGCCAUCUCAAAUUUCUAUGCAAAGUGUAGUAAUUUUUUGUUUAUCAAAGUAAGUUAAAUGAUUGAAUUCCAAGUUCAGGGGCAAGGUAGUCAGUCUUCCUGUGAUAGGAGGAUACUGCAAGAUUAUAUAUCAAAGGGUCUGGUACUCAGGAAUUCUUAUAAAAUUGCUAAAUAUUUUAUAUAAUAAUAUUUAAAGAUUAGACUUGAGAGAAACUUUACCAAGUCCUAAGAAUUAGAGAUAUGUUUGAUAAAUAAAUAUUAUUCAUGGGCUGAAAACCCGGGAAAAUAGGACUAAUUUCAUCUACACAACCUCUUGGAAACUCAUUUUUUAUUUUGGAAAUUACAAGAAAAUAAUUUGUUCCAUUCAUAAGUGGUGUGCACAUGUGUGUAUUUGUGUGCAUAUUUAUGAGCUUGUGAAUAAUGAAGUUAUACGAAAGUAUUAGCAGCAACCAGAUCUUAUGGAGUAUUGGCCUGCCUGUGGUUCUCAAGAAAAUCUGAGAUGCCUUUGAUAAAAGCAGUUAGGAUUCUGUGUAUUUAAAUCUGUCAUUUAAAAAAGUCCGCACUGGUGAUGAUCUUAGUUAUGACCAAGCUCCCUUUAAGAAUUUAGACAUUUAUUAUAUGAUAUAUAUAUUGAGUUACAAAACUUUCCUAACAACUGAAGUCACUAAAGAUAAAUGAUAGAGAGGUUACACAAGGAAAAAUUGCAAACACUGAAAGCGAAUAUGUCCCUAUUUGCAUACUAGCAAAUGAGGAUUCAGGUUUCAGGUCAAUUUCAGUGUGAAUAAUUCCAGCCUAUAACAAGAACAGACAGUGAAUGAAUGAGUUAAUUUGAGUUGUUUGAAAAUAAGAAUGUUUUCCAUAAAGAGAUCAUUGAACUCAUCAGUUAACAUGCCAUGGUGAUUUCUGGCUUGACACUGGUCAUAACAAUUAAAAGUAAAAAGAAUGUCACAGCACAUUCACAAAUCAGGUGCAUAUAGAAUUUAAGGUCAGGAUAUUCAAGCAAUCACACCCAGUUAUAUUACAUUGAGAGAUGAAGCCAGCUAUACUUUCUGAAUCCAGUGGGGACUUGGAGAACGUUUCUGUAGCUAGCAAGGGCAUUGUAAAAUGCACCAAACAGUGCACUGUAAAACCACAGAAAUCAGCACUCUGUAGCUAGCAAGAGGAUUGUAAAAUGCACCAAUCGCUCUAAAAUACACCAAUCAGCAGGAUCCUAAAAGUAGCCGAUCACAGGGAAGAUUGAAAAAAGGGCACUCUGAUAGGACAAAAAAGGAAAAUGGGAGGGGACAAAUAAGGGAAUAAAAGCUCAUGGCUUCAGCCAGCAGCGGCAACCUGCCUGGGUCACCUUCCACUCUGUGGAAGCUUUGUCCUUUCUCUCUUCUCAAUAAACCUUGCAGUUGCUCACUCUUUGGGUCCAUGCCAUCUUUAAGAGCAGUAACACUCACUGUGAAGGUCGGUGGCUCCAUUAUCGAAGUCAGGGAGACCACGAACCCACCUGCAGGAACCAACUCCGGACACAACAGCAGCAUUUAAAUUUUUUUUUUUUCGUCUGUUCGACAUGAUAACUUUUCUACCCAUCAUUUUUUCCAUUCUGGUGGUGGUUAUAUUUGUUAUUGGAAAUUUUGGUAAUGGCUUCAUAGCACUGGUAAAUUCCAUUGAGUGGGUCAAGAGACAAAAGAUCUCCUUUGCUGACCAAAUUCUCACUGCUCUGGCAGUCUCCAGAGUUGGUUUGCUCUGGGCAUUAUUAUUAAAUUGGUAUUCAACUGUGUUUAAUCCAGCUUUUUAUAGUGUAGGAGUAAGAACUACUGUUUAUGAUGUCUGGACAGUAACCGGCCAUUUCAGCAACUGGCUUGCUACUAGCCUCAGCAUAUUUUAUUUGCUCAAGAUUGCCAAUUUCUCCAACCUUAUUUUUCUUCACUUAAAGAGGAGAGUUAAGAGUGUCAUUCUGGUGAUGCUGUUGGGGCCUUUGCUAUUUUUGGCUUGUCAACUUUUUGUGAUAAACAUGAAAGAGAUUCUACGGACAAAAGAAUAUGAAGGAAACAUGACUUGGAAGAUCAAAUUGAGGAGUGCAAUGUACCUUUCAGAUGCGACUAUAACCACGCUAGCAAACUUAGUACCCUUCACUCUGACCCUACUGUCUUUUUUGCUGUUAAUCUGUUCUUUGUGUAAACAUCUCAACAAGAUGCAGCUCCAUGGUAAAGGAUCUCAAGAUCCCAGCACCAAGGUCCACAUAAAAGUUUUGCAAACUGUGAUCUCCUUCCUCUUGUUAUGUGCCAUUUACUUUCUGUCCAUAAUGAUAUCAGUUUGGAGUUUUGGGAGUCUGGAAAACAAACCUGUCUUCAUGUUCUGCAAAGCUAUUAGAUUCAGCUAUCCUUCAAUCCACCCAUUCAUCCUGAUUUGGGGAAACAAGAAGCUAAAGCAGACUUUUCUUUCAGUUUUGCGGCAAGUGAGGUACUGGGUGAAAGGAGAGAAGCCUUCAUCUCCAUAGAUUCACCAGAGGGGCAUUGUGUGUCUUCUAGCAGAAAACAAACUGGUGGUGUAUGAAACAUUUUAUAUUUCUUACUGGUUUUUCUGUACUGUAUGUGUAUGAAUAAUUUCCAAACUCAUACCUAGGAAAGUCUUUGACCUAAUAUUAGUCUAGAAAAAAAAUAUAUGUGUGUGUGUGUAUUUGUGUAUGAAAACUUAAGAACAUUGACAAUAACAUAAUCUUUUCUGUUUUUUCAUACAAACUGCCAAAUUAUACAAAAUAUGACAAAAAUUUCUUAGAAUUUUGAAGCCAUGUAUAUUUCAUUCAUGUAUUUUAUAUUUCAUUUGUAGAAUUUAUGAUGUCUAUUUAUAAUUAUUAAGAACUAGCAGCUUAUCCCAGGAAAAAUAUUGCUCUUUUCUAUUGUUAUUUGAACCACAGGAAUACACCGCAUUGUGCUUAGAAUUCAUUGCUUGAACCUCGAAUUUAUUGGAUGGUAAAGUCAUUCAAUUCUAAAUCAAUAAUGAGGAUGUAUCUUUGGUGUUUUAUUCCAUUAUGAAUUUCUACUUUAUGUUUAGUAAAAAACAAUCAGAAUUAUUGUUAGAAAACAAUGCACACAAUAGAAUUCAAGUGAGAAGCAUAUGCAGAGUAAAUUUAGUGUAUGUCUACCACAAGCAGUACUGAGGAAUAUUAGAUUUCAUACAAGUAUGUGAAUAGCUUAGAAAAAAAUCUCUUCUCUAAUAAAGGGGUGAAACAUCAAGAUCAUGGUCUCAAUUGGUAUUAUCAGUUAUGCAUAUGCAGUUAGAAAAGUCAUUUCUUCCAGCUUUUGAAUUAAAGAAAAGCUGUUUUUGAAGUUGAGAUCUCAUAUAAAUUAUUUUAGUAUUCUUUCUAAAGCACUUUUAAGCCCCUGAAUUGCUAAUUAUAUCCUUACCUUCCAUUUAUAAAAUUCCUUAAACUUCAGAUAAGAGAACUCAAAUCCUCUCUUUUUGAAAAAAAAAAUCAGUGUAAAUAUAGUAUAGAAAUUGUGGAAAAUAUUUCAGUCAAACUUUUUGUAAAUGUUAAAAUAGUACCUAUGAAAUCUAUGUAUUAAUUAUGGGAUGAGCCUUAACGUUGUAAUUUUGUCAUCAAUGAUGAAAUGAAAGGAUGUUGACAUUCUUUAAUAGGAAGUUCUAUUAUAAGAAAGAAAUGUACAGUAUUGUUCACAGCUAAAUUCUACCUGACUGUAUUAAUUCUUGGUGUUAUGAAAUUUAAAGUGUGGCUUAAACCUUAAGAUAAAUCAUCCCCACACCUGAUUUAUGUAUUUCUUUAAUCAUAUAUCUUCCUCAGUGCAAUGUAAGAACCGUAAAAAAAGAGAUAAUGUCUGUCUUGCUUUCUGUUGGCUCCCAGGAACUAGAAACCAGCACCAAGAAUAGAUGGUCAAAAAUGAUACUUUAAUGAACAAAUAAAUGGGUGGCUAAAAUGGAUAAGUUGAUGUGGUAAACCAACGAAAAGGAAACUCAUCACAAAAUCUGCAGUUGCAUGAAUUCCCCUGUUCUAGUCUCAGGAUAAGAUUACAGGCUUAUCCAAGCAGAAUCCUUCCUCUAAGGAAAAGUUUGGCUAUUCCACAAUUUUAGGGGAAAUAUCACACUAAUAUAGUCUUGAUGCAGCUGUAUCAGGUGUCUGAAUUGGAGACAAGGUAGAACAUCAAAAUUAGAUGGCACCUAUUACAAUAUUUUGAAAAAUCAUAUAAACAACUUUGGUCUAUUUGAAUAUGUAUUUUUUUCUAUUGUCAAUUAUAUAUUUGUAUUAUUAUAUUUUCUAGUUGAUUAUUUAAACAAAAUGGCAUUUCAUUUCAAAAAAUUGAAUUAGUAACCAGCUACUUUACCAAAAUGUUUUUAAUGUAAUACCUGUUAUUAAAGUGCUAACAUUUAUUUAGAAGUCAAAUUCAAGACAAAAA